AUGCAUAUGUGCGUGUGUUUCGUUCGUGCAUCAAGAUGGCGGUGGCUCCUGACAGCAGAGUGCUCUCCUACAGUGUUUAUAAAUGGAGCUCGUACUCCUCUACAUAUUUACCCGAGAAUAUUUUAGUGGACAAACCAAACGAUCAGUCUUCCAGGUGGUCAUCUGAGAGCAACUACCCUCCACAGUACUUGAUCUUAAAACUGGAGAGACCAGCUAUCGUUCUGAGCAUCACCUAUGGCAAAUAUGAGAAAACCCACGUGUGCAACCUGAAGAAGUUCAAAGUGUUUGGAGGCAUGAGCGAAGAAAACAUGACGGAACUCUUGUCUAGUGGCCUUAAGAAUGACUUCAACAAGGAGACAUUCACGCUAAAGCACAAGAUCGAUGAGCAGAUGUUUCCCUGCAGGUUCAUUAAAAUAGUGCCUCUGAUGUCAUGGGGGCCCAGCUUUAACUUCAGCAUCUGGUAUAUUGAGUUACACGGCAUAGAAGAUCCAGACGUUGUCCAGCCCUGCCUUAACUGGUACAGUAAGUACCGUGAACAGGAGGCCAUCCGCCUGUGCCUGAAACACUUUCGGCAGCACAACUACACAGAAGCCUUCGAGUCCCUGCAGAAGAAAACACGGAUUGCUCUGGAGCAUCCCAUGCUCACGCACCUCCAUGAGCGGCUGGUCCUCAGAGGAGACUUUGACGCCUGCGAGGAGCUCAUAGACAAAGCCGUGAGAGAUGGUUUGUUUAAUCAGUACAUCAGCCAGCAGGAUUAUAAGCCACGCUGGAGUCAGAUCAUCCCCAAAUGUAACAAAGGUGAUGGUGAUGAUAACAGGCCGGGCAUGAGAGGAGGUCAUCAGAUGGUCAUUGAUGUUCAGACAGAAACCGUGUAUCUGUUUGGGGGCUGGGAUGGAACGCAGGACUUGGCUGAUUUCUGGGCGUACAGUGUGAAGGAGAACCAAUGGGCCUGUAUCUCCAGGGAUACAGAGAAAGAGAACGGUCCCAGUGCUCGGUCGUGUCACAAAAUGUGCAUCGACUCUCAGCGGAGGCAAAUCUACACUCUGGGCCGUUAUCUGGACUCCUCUGUCAGAAACAGCAAGUCACUGAAGAGUGACUUCUACUGCUAUGACAUUGACGCCAACACGUGGACUCUCCUAAGCGAAGACACGUCCGCUGAUGGAGGACCCAAACUCGUGUUCGACCACCAGAUGUGCAUGGACUCUGAGAAACACAUGAUUUACACUUUUGGUGGUCGGAUUCUGACGUGUAACGGCAGCGUGGAUGACAGCCGGACGUCAGAACCUCAGUUCAGCGGGCUUUACGCAUAUCAAUGUCAAGCUGGCAGCUGGAGUCUGCUCAGAGAAGACUCGUGUAACGCCGGGCCGGAGGACAUCCAGUCCCGCAUCGGACACUGCAUGCUCUUUCACACGAGAAAUCGCUGCCUGUACGUUUUUGGAGGUCAGAGGUCCAAAACGUACUUGAAUGAUUUCUUCAGUUACGAUGUUGAUGGUGACCACGUGGAGAUCAUCUCAGAUGGCACCAAGAAGGACUCAGGCAUGGUACCAAUGACAGGAUUCACUCAGCGUGCCACCAUCGACCCAGAGCUCAAUGAGAUCCACGUUCUAUCAGGACUCAGCAAAGACAAAGACAAACGCGAGGAGAAUGUACGCAACUCCUUCUGGAUCUAUGACAUUGCACGCAACAACUGGUCAUGUGUUUAUAAGAAUGACCAGGCGGUGAAAGAAAACCCCACUAAGGCCCUACAGGAAGAGGAACCUUGUCCUCGUUUUGCUCAUCAGCUUGUCUAUGACGAGUUGCACAAGGUGCAUUACCUUUUCGGUGGAAACCCAGGGAAGUCCAGCUCACCCAAAAUGAGAUUGGAUGAUUUCUGGUCCCUAAAGCUGUGCCGGCCUUCCAAAGAAUAUCUGCUUCGACACUGCAAAUACCUCAUUCGCAAAUACAGGUUUGAGGAGAAGGCUCAGACCGAGCCCUUGAAUGCACUUAAAUACCUACAGAAUGAUCUGUCCCUUACCGUGGACCACACCGACCCCAAUGAGACAAAAGAGUUCCAGCUCUUACCCUCUGCUCUGUUCAAAUCCAGCUCAGACUUCAUUCCUCUAGGCUUUUCAGAUGUGGAUCAGACGUAUGCCCAGCGCACACAGCUGUUCGACACACUUGUCAAUUUCUUCCCUGACAAUAUGACCCCGCCCAAGGGUAACCUUGUCGACCUCAUCACCCUGUAGCCACGCCCCACACAGUAGACCACACCCUCUUUAGACCUCUCAGACUCCUCCCACCCAAAACAGAAGUUAUUUUUCUACAUUUUCCACCCGAGGUGUGCCGUGCCCACCUACUGUGUUUCGUCCUACAGAAGUAAUGCCACUUAAACGUCACUGAGAUUUACUUAAAAUGCAGAAAUAUAAUUUUCUACUCUGGAGUGCCAGGGUUGUGCUUUUUUAUUUUUUAUUUUAAAAAGGUUUAGGUUUAAAUUUGCAUAUCUGCCAAAUUGCACACCGAGUUGAUUUUUCUAUUUUGUCUUUUUUUAAACAAACUUAAGCUUAGUUUUUCAGGUCUGUUUGAGUUUAUCUUUCAAAUUUUCUUUCAUACAGGUUGAAAUGUAGGUGAGUUAUAAAUCCGAACAGUUUACAUCAUAAAGGGGUGGAUUUGAUUUAUGAACUGUAUGAUCAUCAUGGGUUCCUUUUUGCCUUGUUAUUUUAAAUCAAAUUUUUAUGGACUAAUACAUGUGCGCUGAGCCAGUGGAGGCCGAAGGCAAAGAUCAGAGCGCCCUCUAGAGUCAGUUCUCUCACUCUCAGUUCUGUUCACUCUCGAUACUGGAUUUGAAUACUGGCUUCCAUCUAAACCCGCUGCUGCUAUUUGAUGCUGCCAUGACAUUAGUGCUUUCUUUGACUCUUUAAUAGUGAUGAAACGCCCGAUUCCAUAACUAAGUUCUCAUCCACAGAUCUGAAAAGGAAUAUAGUGACGUGUUUGAGGUGUCAUGCACACAUAUAUGUACACAAGAACUGUUUUCCACUGUGUGUGUCGGAACGCAAAUAUUAUGAUGCUUCAUGGUAACACUUUGUACUUUAGAACAGGUCAUUACACUUGUAUCCAUUAGCGAAUGGAUUAGCGAACACUUUGCUGCAAUUAGACAAACCGAAGAUGUGGAUGAUUUGAUUUUUUGAAGUGUAGAUUGCGGUUUACUUCAGGUUGUGGCUGCUUUCGUCUGAACUCAAUAUAGUCCUGUGUUACAUAGACUGUUCAGCUUACUGGUACCAACUCAAAGGACCCUUAUUGGGACCACCGAAGACAGAAGAGACCCCUCACUAUUUAUUAUUAUUAUUAUUUCUUGGUGAACUUGAGCCCUGAAUGUCAUGUCUUAUGUUAUGUCUAUCUCUAUGAUGUCAUAGAGACGUCUAUAUGUACCCUUCAUUCCGUAUGAGCUUCCGGAUUGUUUACAAUUCUGGACAGAUGAAAGUGUGUUAGAUGAUAGUCUUCCAUAUAGUCCAUCUGGAUUACUUGGUCUCCAUUUGUGUAGUGUUAGUUUAACAGCAGUUGUUUUUGUUAUUCGUCUCCCUGUGCAUGAGUAGGAAGUGUUUGCCCUGCAAAAAAAAUGUUCCUGUAAUUGGAUCGCUCUUAAAUUUGCUGUAGUUUUGGCUUCACCCACGCAGAAACCAGAGGCUCAAAGAAUCAUAGGACAGUGCAUUAUGCUUCACCCUGCUGAUUGUGUCCUCCCAAGUGUAUCUCAUAUCUCAAUUCCCUGAACUCAGUAUUAGCUGUAAUUUGGCUCUGUGGAGAUACACUCACGGCGCACUGGAGUGUGGAAGUUUGUGAUUGGCCCAUUUGUGAUUUCUAAGAUUCAGUGCUCUUUAUUUCUUUCCUGGCGUGAAAGCAAUUUGGGUGUAUAUGAUUUGAAAACCAGGGCUUACUUUUGCCUUUCGUAGAUUUAGCAUUGUCUUUGUGCCAGGAAGAAAGUUCCCGAAAAAGAAAAAAGUAUGAAAACAAUGAAAUUGAAUAUACACGAGAGGAUCGACACUUACAACCGGAGACUUUUUGUCGCACUUAAUGCCAAAUACGUUUUCUUGCUUUCGGUGUACAUUUCUGCAGUGUCAGAGAUGAAGUGACUUUUUCUUUUCUUCUCUCCUGGAAAUCCUCAUCUCGUCGAGCCCCCCUGAGCGAGGGUACGUUGAGAUGUCAGCACUACACUGUGGCUCUCAUGAAUGUGUAGAACCUAUUAAAGAACUGCAUUGUAUGUAAUGUACAUAAAGAAUAAAGAUUGUAUUUUGUUCAAGUUUUCUUA